CGAGUUUGGUGAUUGUCUCGAGAAUCACCAUCUUUAAUCAUCACGUUUUUCCUUGUAUAGCCACAAGGAAUCAUUUUCUGAACCACAAUGUAUGACGGUGACAUUGACACCUCUGUCCUUAUCCGUGAGUGGUUUGCAUGGCGCCCAUACAGUAUGUUUGAGCCCUUGAACCGGUGAGAGUGCUUUUAGUAGUGGUAAGUACACGUUAUCUACCUGCAAGUUUCCCAUCCAAGGCAAGUACAUGUUCGAUUGUUCUGUCCGAAGUAAUCAGAGAGGCUCUCAAUGGUUUCUCACAAGAGCAAACCCAGUCCCUGAGCCAUUGUGCUCGUGCAAUGGAUCCCCCUUUACGGAGCACAUCAUGAGAAUCUGCGCAUUGUUCCUUCUCAGUGUUGACACUGUCCGUUCGUUUAUUCGUUUGUCUUCUUCACAAAGAGGGGACUUCCCCAUCGCCAUCUCACGCUUAUUGUCGUCCGACUCGCCUGCCUACAAGAGCCACAUCCACGUGCACAAUGGCGGCAGCAACAUACUCUCACGAAAAGUACAUGGCCUUGAAAGACCUCAAAACGUAAGUACGCCAUUCUGUCCCAGUGGGAAAACAAGAAACGUUGCUCUGAACCCCAAGUACAGUGCCCAUGAAAUAUUCAUUGCCCUUGCAGGCCACGAAUUCGUCCAAACAAUCGCCAAACCACUCCUCCAGCAGACCAGAUGCCAUCAGACCUGGGGUGUCACGUUGCUCUACCGUGCGUACGACCUUUCACCAACUGAAACACUUGUCAAGUGCGCCGACGCCGCCACACCGUACCAAAUACUCCACAAAAAGGACGAUGACCCUUCGAUUGAUCUCAAAAUCCGCAAAAGGAUGCUCGCUACUGAUCUCAUGGGCCAGCCAGGCAUCUACGUGCCUGUGGAAUUCGAGGUCUACCAAGAACAACACGAGUCGAUUGACAACAGGACCGAGACGCCGGAUACUCUUACCACCUCCACAUUUCAGGACGAAUUCGCACGCGAGACCUGUUUGGCUGGUUUGGACGGGGUCUUGGGCCUUGCUACGUGGCCGCACACUCCUGUCAGACCUGACUUCGUGGUACAGUUGGAGCGCAUCGAAGAUCAGGCCGUAGUGUACUAUGACCACGGUGAGUUUGGUUUUGAGAGCCUCGUGGAUGCUGUGCAGACUGGAUGGUUUUGGUGGAAUAGGGACCCCGACGCGAUGGAGGCCAAGGUUUGGACGGCGGACAGACGAGUCAAAAAGCGAAAGUACACGUGAGGUUCACGGGAGGACGAUCAUGUACAAGGUCUCCUUGGGAGAUGCUUGCUAUCGAAACGAUGGAGAGUCCAUCCUCGCCCAUACACGAAUGUGGAGGAAACAGAGCAUAUCACGGGUAACUAAUACAGGAAAACGAGACAAGAUCCUACAGGUAUCGACCAGAAACCCAUGUCCCAUUACUUCUUCUGGCUCCUUGUCCGCGACCCAACACCCUCGGUGGACCGAGGUGUAGGGUCCUUUUUGGACUUUGAAGCCGCACCCUCCCCUUUCUUGGGCCGUCCAGCCUUUGUCUUGUCACCGUCAUCCUUCUUCUGUUUCUUUGCGGCAUUAUCUGUCUUGCCGCCGGGCCGGACAGUCUUGCCCUCGGC